AUGCUUCCGACUCUGCCUCAGUUGGCCGAUUACGGCAUCUCACCUCAGAACGGCUUCUUGCCCGAUGAGAUACCGCUCGAUGUUCUGCCGGAUCGCUACUACCAACCGUGGGAGACCAUCGUGCGCAACUUCCAAAGCUUGAUCCUUGCCAAGCGGCUACGUGGGAUAGUCGACACACUACCAGUGCUGGGAACCCAAUUUCUCCUCACAGAAGCUGAAUGGCGGAGAGCCUACUCCAUCUUGGGGUUUAUCGCCCAUGCAUACAUCUGGGGCGGUGACAGACCAUCUGAUAUUGUGCCGCCAUCCAUCUCGAUACCGUUCAUGGAGACAUGUAGACACUUGGAGCUCCCACCAGUCGCAACCUUUGCAGCCGUCUGCCUGUGGAACUGGCGACCACUAUUCGACUGGGAACCUGCAGACACCUUGGACAACCUCGCGACGCAAAUGACCUUCACUGGCUCGAUGGACGAAUCUUGGUUCUACCUAGUGUCUGUAGCGAUCGAAGCCAGAGCUGGACCAGUCAUUCCGAUGAUGAUUCGUGCUAUUGAAGCUGCUAGGGACAACGAUAGCAAGACAGUCGUGGACUGCCUUCAGAGAUUUGCCGGGAGACUCGAUGAGCUAGGCGCUCUCUUGGAGCGCAUGUACGAGAGUUGUGAUCCACACGUCUUCUACCAUCGCAUUCGACCCUUUCUGGCUGGAAGUAAGAACAUGGCGGACGCUGGUCUUCCAAAUGGUGUCAUGUUUGAUGAUGGUACCGGCCAGCAACCACAUGUGCAGUUCAGCGGCGGCAGCAACGCGCAGAGCUCCACUAUCCAGUUCUUCGACAUUGUUCUAGGAGUGGAACACAGACCCACCGGCGAGAAGAGGGAUGGCACUGGAAAGCCUGCGCUAUCUGGACCCUCGCAUGGCUUCAUCCAGGAUAUGCGCAACUACAUGCCCGGACCCCAUCGCAGGUUCCUAGAGCAUAUGGAAAGCGUCGCAAACAUUCGAGAGUACGUCACGUCGAAUCGCAGAGAUCGGGCUUUGACGACAUCCUACGAUGCAUGCCUAGCCAUGCUGCGGAGUCUGCGCGAUAAGCAUAUCCAGCUUGUAUCGCGGUAUAUUAUCAUCAAAUCGCGCGAGACACAGUCAACUGCCCGAUCACUGUCACCCAAGCCAGCAAACACACAACGUGUCAACUUGGCUAACACCAUGGCUCGCACGGGAAGCAAGAAACUUCGUGGCACAGGAGGCACAGCUUUGAUUCCUUUCCUGAAACAAGCACGCGACGAGACUGGCGAGCCUGCAAUCGAUGCCUGGGCAAAGCGAUUGCUCAACAACGGGCCUGCAGAGAUUGGAGCGUCCUUUGGCGUCGAUGAUGGCGUUGCCCGGCUAGGCAAGAUAUCGGAAGCCUUCAACGGGCAGGUUGAGAUUGUCGGUCUUGCGGGAACCUGGAGCGUCGAUGAUAGCGAGGGAGGUAUCUGUCAUUGGUGA